ACGUCUGCAUCUGAGUUCUUUUAUUAAAUUACCAACCGGGGAUAGUGCCCAUAGAAUAUUAGGAACCCAUAUAAUUUAAUCAAACAUACACAAAGUCAAGUGUCAAAGGCUUUCGAAAACUUGAAAUUGUUGACAUUAGGAAACAAAACAAAACUUCAAUCUUGUCCAUAUUUCGAAAUCCUUCAAUUUGAUUCUGUUGAGAUGGUAGAUGCUAUCACUGGGUUUGUUUUGAAAAAGAUCGGUGGCUAUCUUAUCAAUGAAGUGUCGAUGUUGAUUGGAGUCAAAGACGAUCUAGAGGAGCUGAAGACGGAGUUGACGUGCAUCCAUGGUUAUCUUAAGGAUGUUGAAGCUCGAGAAAGAGAAGAGGAGGUCUCAAAAGAGUGGACAAAACUUGUUUUAGAUAUCGCCUAUGACAUCGAGGAUGUUUUGGACACCUAUUUCUUGAAAGUUGAAGAAAGAUCACAGAGACGAGGCUUGUCGAGAAUGACCAACAAAAUAGGCAAGACGAAAGAUGCGUACAGCAUAGGUUGUGAUAUCAGAAACCUCAAGAGAAGAAUCUUGGAUAUCACUCGCAAGAGGGAGACUUAUGGUAUAGGAGGCUUCAAAGAGCCUCAAGGAGGAGGGAAUAUUUCAAGUUUGAGAGUUAGGCAGCUUGGGCGUGCUCGAUCUGUUGAUCACGAAGAGUUAGUAAUUGGUUUGGAAGAUGAUGCUAAGAUUCUUUUGGUAAAACUUCUUGGUGAUAAUAAGGAGGACAAGAGGCAUAUUAUCUCCAUCUUCGGUAUGGGAGGUCUCGGAAAAACUGCACUUGCCAGGAAGCUUUACAACUCAGGGGAUGUGAAGAGAAGAUUUGAUUGCCGUGCGUGGACCUAUGUUUCUCAAGAGUAUAAAACUGGAGAUAUACUUAUGAGAAUCAUUAGAUCUUUGGGAAUGACUUCAGGGGAAGAGUUGGAGAAGAUCAGAAAGUUUGCAGAGGAGGAACUUGAAGUUUACCUUCACGGUCUUCUAGAAGGGAAAAAGUAUUUGGUGGUCGUGGAUGAUAUAUGGGAGCAAGAAGCGUGGGAGAGCUUGAAGAGAGCGUUACCGUACAAUCACGGAGGAAGUAGAGUCAUCAUCACUACGCGUAUCAGAGCACUAGCCGAAGGCGUGGAUGGGACAGUCUAUGCUCAUAAGUUAAGGUUCUUGACGUUUGAAGAAAGCUGGACAUUGUUUGAACAGAAAGCAUUCAGGAAUAUUGAAAAGAUCGAUGAGGAUCUGCGGAGAACUGGAAAAGAAAUGGUUCAAAAAUGUGGUGGAUUACCGCUUGCUAUAGUCGUGCUUUCCGGGAUUUUGUCUAGGAAAAGGACAAACGAGUGGCAUGAGGUGUGUGCUAGUUUAUGGAGACGUCUAAAGGAUGACUCCAUUCAUGUUUCCACUGUGUUUGAUCUAAGCUUCAAAGAUUUGCGGCAUGAGUCCAAACUCUGUUUUCUGUACCUUAGUAUCUUCCCUGAGGACCACGAGAUAGAUAUAGAGAAAUUGAUCCACUUACUUGUAGCAGAAGGAUUUAUACAAGAGGAUGAAGAGAUAUUGAUGGAAGACAUGGCUCGAGAUUAUAUCGACGAGCUGAUAGAUAGAAGCCUAGUCAAAGCUGAAAGAAUAGAACGAGGCAAAGUCAUGUCCUGCAAAAUCCAUGAUCUUCUGAGAGACGUGAUUAUCAAGAAAGCCAAAGAGCUUAACUUUGUAAAUAUAUACAACGAGAAGCAUCAUUCUUCUGCUAUUUGCAGAAGGGAAGUGUUUCAUCUUAUUAAUAACAGCUUCCCGUACGACAGAAGUGUAAACAAACGGAUGCGAUCCUUCUUAAUCAUCGGAGAAGGAGGGGGUAUUGUCAAGACCACAAACUUGAAACUGAAGCUACUUCGAGUGCUAGAUAUUGGAAGGCUUUCUUUUGAUAGUGAGUUUUAUACCCAUACGACUUUACCAGAUGUAAUUGGGGAUUUAAUCCACCUGAGGUAUCUAGGGAUCGGUGAUAUUUAUGUCAGCAUUUUACCAGCUUCCAUCUCCAAUUUACGGUCUCUACAGACACUAAAUGCAUCAGGCCAUAAGCUCUUCCAGUACACGACCGAUCUAAGUAAUAUUACAACACUAAGGCAUGUCAUUGGAAAAUUUGUGGGAGAAUGUCUAAUAGGCGACGGAGUAAACCUUCAGACCUUGAGGUCUAUCUCUUCCUACAGCUGGAGCAAGCUGAACCAUGAGUUACUCAUAAAUCUUCGGGACUUGGAGAUCUACGACGACUCUAACUGGGUAGACCAGAGAACAGUUUCGUUAGACUUGGUUUCCUUUUCUAAACUGAAAAAUCUCCGUGUCCUCAAGCUCGAAAUGAGAAACUUCAAGUUAUCGUCGAAAUCAAAAACGACAAUUGGGUUAGUGGAUGUGGACUUUCCCAGUCUUGAGUCUCUGACACUUGUCGGAAUAACUUUCGAGGAAGACUUAAUGUCUGCUUUGCAGAUAUUACCUAGACUGGAAGAUCUGGUCUUGAAAGAUUGUAGUUACCCGGGAGCGAAGAUCAUCAGCAUCAGUGCACAAGGUUUUGGUCGGUUGAGGAAUCUUGAAUUGUUCAUGGAAAUAUUAGAUGAGUUGCGGAUUGAAGAAGAGGCCAUGCCUAGUUUAAUAAAGCUGAUUGUGAGUGCCCGAAUAAGACUAACAACGAAGCUGAUGAUUCCUAAUCGAUUGAAAGCGCUUGUUCGUGCAGGCUACUACGGUAUGAGAUGAUGACUUAUGAUCCAUUUGAAUCAUUAUAUACCAACAAAAAACAAUAUGAAGAAAAAUUGGGACGAUGCCAGCUGAAAGAAAGAAGUUAAAAAUGUUUAUGUGAAAAAAGAAAAAAGAAAAGUUUUUGGGAAGUGUUUUUUUUUUUUUUUUUUUUUUUGUUUGGUAUUUGUAUUUUUCCCUUCUUGGUUAUACAUUGCAUUGUUUUUGUGAAGUGUUUUAUUAUUAUUUUUUUUUGUUUGGUAUUUGUAUUUUUCCCUUCUUGGUUAUACAUUGCA